AUGAACUCGCUAAUUGUUUGCGUUGGGAUCACCAGAUGCAAGAAGAACCAAGCCAAGUACAGCUGCCCCGAGUGCAACAUACCCUAUUGCUCUCUGGACUGCUAUCGAUCACCUGAGCAUCGCGCAUGUUCAGAGGGGUUUUAUAAGUCUGCCAUUGAAGAAGAGAUUCGAUCCAAUCCAGAAAGGUCAAUUGAAGAGAAGCGGAGCAUGCUGGAGAUUCUUCAACGCCUUCAAGAGUCUGAUGUGCUGGACGGUCCACCCGACUCGGACGACGAGGGAGCUUCAGAGGACGGAGGUGGAUUAGAGAGCUUGAACAUUGAGACUGCCGACUCUACUGCCCUUUGGAGUGCACUGUCGCCAGCACAAAGAGAAGCCUUCGAAAAGGCAAUGAGAGACCCCGAUAGCUCUCUUGCACGUCAACUAUUAGAUACAAUAACGUCAGAGUCUCCCCAUUAUCCCUGGUGGGAACAAACGAAAGGCGACCAACCACCACCAUCUCCCCUCCAGGUCCCCAGCGAACUUGCAGAAACGGCCCAAAAAGGAUGGAAAGAGGAUAAACCUCGACUACUCUACAAUAUAGUUGCCAUAUGCUUAGCAUAUGCGUGGGUCAUUCGAACACUCCGCAUCUAUUCUAUAUCCUCUGCGGGGCCCCAUGAUGAGGAUGCCUGCCGAGAUCUCUUAGCUCGCGCCGUUCCAUUUCUGUUGGAUCGCAAGUCACUCACACGACUAGAGAGCGCGCAAGAGGCCGUAAACUAUGUUCAGUCACGGGUUGGGGAGCCUUUGGACAAGAUUCUUCCGGAUGUUGCAGUACUCCUACGACCUUUGGUAAUCAUGGAGCUAUCGUCUUCGUCUUCUUCCCCCAUGGCUCCACGAACAAGUAACGUCACGGUGUGCUUAGGAGACAUCGCAAGUCUUUAUGAACCCAAAGAUACGGAGCAAUUUCGCGCCACGCUAUCGACAAGGCAAGCCAAGGAGAGUAGUCAGGACCCGAAAGGGGAGAUGGCGAACAAGGGGGUGGUGCGUAAAUUGAUUUUCUAUGCGGCGCACGUCGAUACCGCUCCACUGGAGGCGCUUCGACUUAUUUCGGAUCGAAUACUCUCGCUCUCCUCGAGGAUAUCCCAGUCCACCUGA